AUGGACACCACUACUGCAAAACCACUUGUAUUUCCUGAAAUCUCGCUUGAAACCUUAGUCCCCCUUAUAGUGCUUAUAGCAAUAGUUAUUUGGUGUUUGAUUAUUGCUGCUGUAUUUGUCUUCCUUUCCACAAAACAUCCACAUCGUUUGAAACAAUCUCCGUCGGAUGGUGCUUUACCAGAAUUUGUUUCGUUUAUGGAUUGUUCCGCUAUACUACAGUGCUUACCGUGUACGGAUUGUAGCCUUCGCAAAGUUUUGCGAUCAUGCUGCCCGAAUACGGAAUCCCUGCGACGUCUAGCAACAUGCGAAUGCUUACGCCCCCAACUUCAAGGGCAACGAGCUCCAGGAGUUGAUCUUGUUUGCUGUGUAGUAUGCCAGAGGUAG